AUCUCAUUGAAUAAACACACAAAACACACAAACACACACACAAAUGGGGUUAAAGAGUAAAGUCUUGAUCAUUGGGGCAACAGGAUACUUAGGGAAGAGGCUCGUAAACGCCAGUUUACACCAAGGCCACGAGACAUACGUUCUCCGGCGACCGGAGAUCGGAGUUGACAUCGAAAAAAUCCAGAUGCUGCUAUCUUUCAAGAAGCAAGGAGCCCAUCUCGUCACUGGUUCAUUCAGUGAUCAUCGAAGCCUUGUUGAAGCCUUGAAGCAAGUAGAUGUGGUGAUAUGUGCAGUAUCCGGUGUUCAUAUCCGUAGCCAUCAAAUCCUCCUUCAGCUCAAACUUGUUGACGCCAUCAAAGAGGCUGGAAACAUCAAGAGAUUCUUGCCAUCGGAGUUUGGUACUGAUCCAGCAAGAAUGGCAGAUGCAUUGGAACCAGGGAGAGUGACCUUCGAUGAUAAAAUGGUGGUGAGAAAAGCCAUUGAAGAUGCUGGGAUCCCUUUCACCUACGUAUCUGCAAAUUGCUUUGCGGGUUAUAUGGUUGGUGGGUUAUGUCAACCUGGUCAUAUUCUUCCUUCGAGGGAAUCCGUCCUCUUGCUUGGAGAUGGAAAUAAAAAGUCGAUAUUUGUUGAUGAAGAUGACAUAGCUGCGUAUACAAUCAGAACCAUAAACGAUCCACGAACAUGUAAUAAGACAGUCUACAUAAGACCUUCGGAAAACAUUCUUUCGCAGAGAGAAGUUGUGGAACUCUGGGAAAAACUCAUCGGAAAACAAGUCGAAAAAUCAUCACUUUCCGAGCAAGACUUUCUCAAUAUCAUGCGAGGUCAAGGAUAUGCGGAGCAGGUGGGGCUAACUCAUUACUACCAUGUGUUUUACGAAGGCUGUCUUACGAAUUUCGAGAUUGGAGAUGAUGCUGAAGAGGCUUGUGCUCUCUACCCUGACAUCAAAUACACCAAAGUUGCGGACUACCUCAAGCAAUACCUUUGAAUGAAGGACUCGUAUAUCUGAAUUUGAUGCAAAUAUAUGUUGUUUUGCUAUGUUAUUAUGUGUGAGCUUGGAACAAGUCCAAAAAGUGUGAGUUGGGACUGUUUUUACAUAAAACAAAAUAUUAGAAAUUGAUUGGUGUUGAUGACUCA